UUCGAUGCGGACUGUGUCAGAAAUAGUGACUAACUUCAGUUUUAUUUUCUUCUUUGUUUCCUACUGCUGAUGCUACUCAACUUCACGACCUCACAUAAUUUAUUUUUGAUUUCAGGGGGGUUUUCCCCAAAAAUCAGGGGAUCUUUAUUUGAAUGGGGAAGAUUUUGGGGAUAUUUUUUUAUUGGAGAGGUAUUAUGUAAAAUUUUAUUUUAUUAUAAAAUUGCCUAUUUAAAAAAUUGAAAAUUUGACUCUUUCGAGGAGCUUCUAAAACGUUUUGGAAGCAUAAAACAGAUUAAACUUUUAGCUGUCCCAAAUAACCUGGACCCUUUUGCGCAAGAAGGAAAUAAAUUCUGAAAAAGCAGGGCAAAAUCAUAUUAAUUUUGUUGAAAAAUCAGAGAGAGUUUGGGC